AAAAAAAAAAAAAAGAUCAUGGUACAAUGGCUGAGCAUUUAUUCUUUUUUUCCAUUUUGCCAACUUCUUGAUCCCUUUACGUUAUGAGUACCAGGUUACCUUUUAUUCUUUAUUUGACGUUUUGGUCAAGUUUUGGAAUUAUUUUCCAUCGUAGACGUUUUUCCAUCAAGUGAUCUUUAUUUUUUUUUUAUUUUUAAAAAAUAAACAAUGUCAUACCAUUGUAAUUCAACGCGUACUUCGUUUUUGCGUCACGCAGAACCCAUUUUUUUUUUUUUUACUAUUAUUCUCAAUCAAUCAAAAAAAUUUUUUUUUUUAAAAAAAAAGAAUCAAACUACUUCGCUCACUGUUAUUGGACCAUCUAAGAUUUUACUUAUUUUAUCAAUCAUCUGGAAUAUUAUCCAGGUAUUAUUUUUAUUAUCUUCAUCGUCAUUAUUAUCAUCAUCAAGCAUGAUCAUCUACCUCAACCUAUUUCUAUAUUUUAGCAACAUCCAUUCAUCAACAAAACAGUAACUUUCUGUUCUAUUCAAGGUGCUCACUACAUAUCAAAAGAAAAACACAAUGAUCAUCUGUUGAUGACAGCGUAGUCGUUUUGUAUUAGAUGAUACUAGAAUUACCAUCUGAUCAUUUAGUAUUCAUAUUUUGCAAAAAAAGCAAAUCAUUUGGCCACGAAACAGUCAUCCAAAGUCAUAAUAAUAUUUACUUUAUUCAAGCUUUUUUACUAUCAACAAUAAAUAUAUUGUUUUAUUCAAUUAAGAUUUGUAUUCAUUACAUACUAUUGAUUAUCCAUGACAAAAGAUGAUGAUCAUAAAAAAAUAAAAACACAAAUUGAACAUGACAUUUAUUAGGAUGAAAGUACAAUUAAAUUCGGCGGUUUGAC